AUGGCUCGUGCUGAUUUUCCUGAAGAAAUUUUGGACAACAUUGUGAACAUGGUUCACUACCAGCCUUGUCAUCACGAGAAUUACUGUAUCAAGACAAGAAAAGAGGGCUUAGUAGUACAGAACUCACUCAAAGGUGUGCCAUAUGAAGUAUACCUGAAUCACUCUGGUCCACCGAUUCUCAAUACCUUCCAAAACCUCGCCGUGGUCAAUCGAAGGUUUCACAGGCUUUGUUGUCCUAAGUUAUGGCAGCACAUUCAAUUCCCGAGCACCCUUCCUGCUCCUAUUACACUUUGGACAAACAACAUACUCUUGAGGCAUGGACACUUAGUAAAAUCUCUGGAAGUUCAACUGGAAGACGACCAGUUGGUUGGCGAUAUCCAUAAAAUCCUUAGUAAAAGGAGUUCUUACGAUAAUACAGGUGUUAUACCCAAACUACAACAUGGCGUGGGGUCAUACAGACCAAAAUACGGAAUCGGACUGUAUAACAUUGAGAAGUUAUUCAAAGCGUGUCCUUCUCUAGUGUCGAUAUCCGUGAUUGUCCCGGAGUCUUCGCACGUCCAUGAAGAAUGGAUUUCUCAUAUUACAGCGAGCUUGCACGUGCCAUUCUGGAGAGUCCCUCAACUCCAAGACUUAAGACUGACGCACUGUCCAAAUGAUAGUAUUACAAGUGAAUAUGUGGUCAACAUCCUCCAACGAUUACCAUCUCUUGUAUCCUUGGAACUCUGUGGCUUUGAAUUCAGGCAAAGACCAGCCAUGGAGGAAUCCUUCGAAUGGAGCCUGGGCCAGCAAAAGAACCUUCGCAAAUUGCGUAUGGAACAUCUCACUUACGUGGAUGGAACUUGGACCUUGUUCAGCUCUUGGCCUCCGCAACUUGAGAAUCUCCAAGUCAUUGGUUGUGACAGAUUGUCACCUCGCGUAUUGCACGGACUACUCAGCGGUUCGGCCCCAUCUCUUACUAAGCUUCGUCUUAUACUACAUCAUUUCAAAGAUGAACCACAUGUGACAGUUCGAUUCAAUCUCCCGGCUCUCAAAGAGCUCUCCAUACUCCAUCGUGGAGACCUGGAUCUACUAAUGAGCUUUGAAAACUGUAAAAGUGUAGAAGCCUUUCAUUAUCAGUGUCAUGCAGAUGAUGAAGAAUGGCACUCAAUGAAGCAGUACUUGUCUAGAUGUACCUGGCCUAAGCUCUCGGUUCUGGAUUUUCGUUCAUCAAUAUUUACUGCGAAUUGGAAAAAGCCAGCCAAGAUGGACGUGAACGAAAUUUGGAAUUCUUUCAAAAUCAAACUCUUGAUCGAUAACGAAACCGAUGAUGAGAUUGAUGACGAGGCCGUUUGA